UGUCCGUCUCCCCCUCACUUUCCCUUCUCCUUCACUCUCUCUUCUCUCCCUCCUCCUCUCCCCCCCUCCUGCGGCCAGUCUCCCCGGCUGUCAUGUCGGAAUAUAACGCCGUACCCCCGCCGGGCUCCGGGCCCCCCCUCGCGGGGCAGCCGGCUCUCGGGAACGGGGCGGGCGGCAUGAAGAAGGAUGCGUUCGCGGACGCGGUGCAGCGGGCCCGGCAGAUUGCUGCUAAGAUCGGUGGGGAUGCUGGUCCUCCCUUGAACAACAACAACUCUGCGUCAGAUGGCUUUCCCUUCACUGCACAGAAGCGGCCGCUGGAGGACGCAGAUGAACCCGAGAGCAAGAAGCUGGCUGCACAGAGUGACCUGGAAUCAAGCAAAGCUCUGUCUAUUGGUGCUCAGUUAGCCGCUCUUGCACAACAAAGACCGGCCUCCACCACAGAGGAGUACAGCGUUCCUGACAGUAUGGUGGGACUCAUCAUUGGCCGUGGAGGCGAGCAGAUCAAUAAAAUCCAGCAGGAGUCUGGUUGCAAGGUUCAGAUCGCUCCAGACAGCGGAGGUCUUCCAGAGCGGAGUGUCUCCCUCACAGGUUCUCAAGACUCAAUACUGAAAGCCAAGAUGCUGUUGGAUGAGAUCGUGUCCAGAGGAAGAGGCACCCCUCCUUCCUCUUUUCAUGAAUCCACCAAUGGGCAGAAUGGAGCGGUGCAUGAGAUGAUGAUUCCUGCUGGCAAGGCCGGCCUCGUCAUCGGGAAGGGAGGAGAAACCAUCAAACAGCUGCAGGAACGUGCCGGGGUAAAGAUGAUCCUCAUCCAGGAUGCUUCUCAGGGACCCAAUGUCGACAAGCCUCUGCGUAUUAUUGGAGAUCCGUACAAAGUCCAGCAAGCUCAGGAGAUGGUGCAGGAGAUUCUGAGGGAGAGGGACCACGCCGGCUUCGGCGACCGAAACGAUUUCGGCUCUCGAAUGGGAGGAGGCAUGAACAUCCCGGUGCCACGACAUUCAGUGGGCGUGGUCAUUGGCCGCAACGGAGAGAUGAUAAAGAAGAUCCAGAAUGAUGCUGGAGUCAGAAUCCAGUUCAAGCAAGAUGACGGGACGGGUCCAGAUAAGAUCGCUCACAUCAGUGGACCCCCGGACCGCUGCGAGCACGCCGCCCAGAUCAUCAGCGACCUGCUGCAGAGCAUCAGGGUCAGGGAGGAGGGUCAGGGGGGCCCUCCGGGUCCACCGGGCAUGCCGGCGGGCAACAGGGGUCGAGGCGGGGGUCAGGGUGGCUGGGGUCCCCCCGGAGGGGAGAUGACUUUCUCUAUUCCCGCCCACAAAUGUGGGCUGGUGAUUGGCCGGGGAGGAGAGAACGUCAAGGCCAUCAACCAGCAGACCGGCGCUUUUGUGGAAAUCUCUCGGCAACUGCCCCCCAACGGAGACCCAAACUUCAAGCUGUUCAUCAUCCGGGGGUCGCCGCAGCAGAUUGAUCACGCCAAGCAGCUCAUCGAGGAGAAGAUUGAGGCUCCUCUGUGUCCCAUGGGUCCGGGGCCAGGUGGGCCAGGUCCUGCAGGACCAGUGGGUCCCUACAACCCAAACCCAUAUGCCCCCGGUCCGCCAGGCGCUCCAGGACCACCACACGGUGGGCCUCCAGGUCCUCCCCAGUACACUCCUCAGGGGUGGAGCAACACCUACCAGCAGUGGCAGCCUCAGCCCCCCCACGACCAGAGCAAGGCGGCAGCCAACGACCCCAACGCGGCCUGGGCGGCAUACUACGCUCAGUACUACCAGCAGCCAACUGGGGGCGCUGUGCCGCCCCAGUACCCCGCAAACCCAGCUGGAGGGGCUCAAACGUCUGGGGACCAGACCCAGCCUGCACAAGGCCCCGGGGGUCAGCCAGACUACACCAAGGCCUGGGAGGAGUACUACAAGAAGAUGGCUCAGACGGGCGGCUCUGUACCUGGAGCGGCAGCCGGAGCCCCCGGGGGCCCCGGGCCCGCGCCAGCGGCGGCGCCGGGGCCGUCGUCCGCGGCGGGAGGCCAGCCGGACUACAGCGCCGCCUGGGCCGAGUACUACCGGCAGCAGGCGGCGUACUACGGACAGACGGGACCGGCCCCCGGCCAGCCUGCAGGCGCCCCCCAGCAGGGACAGGCGCCGUGAGAGGACGCCGCGACGCGCCGGAUCAAAGAAGAGGACUCUGAACUCUCAGCCAGGAUCGAACCAUCUGUAUUUUUGAAUCUGUUCCCAGAAGAAACGCAUCCUCGCCGCUGAUGAGUUGAACUGCGACCAGAGCUUUGCUGCAGAGCGGAGGAAGAAGACUGACAGACGCGCACCAAGCCUCUCAACGCCUCUGCGUGCUUCUCUGUCUACACGGACGCCUCGAAUCGCUUACUACUUUGACCAAUGCUCAUUUAUUCUCUUCCCAGUUUAAAGCGCUUACCUUCAUAUCCCAGUAUUAUAUCAGUCAAACUGCACAGAGCUUUUAGGACGAUAAUUAUUACCUUUUAAGCUGUCUUGAUUUUUUUUUUCUUUUUUUUUUUUUGUAAUUAAAACUAUCACAUCUCACUGUGCCGUUUUGCACAGUGUGUGAGUCUGUGUUCGUUUGGAUUGUUGAGCUUUAACCUCUGACACAUCGCUUUGUGUGUGUGUGUGUGUGUGUGUGUGUGUGCGCGGGAGACGGUUGUAUGAGUAUAAAUGUGAUUCUGCAGUUUGGAUUCAUGCAUGUGGGAUGAUGAGCAACUGUUGCAGUCUGUCGGGGCGGGUGGGUUCAAAAUGAAAAAUAAAAAAGAGCAUCUUUUGUGAUGUUUAGGAAUGAUCUAAGAUUGCGGAGGUGAACGUGAGUUUAUAAAGAAUGUAUGGUUCAUGCUGCUAUAAUUUCAGAUUUCCUUCAGCUUAUUUUAAAUGUUUGUCUGUCUAUGCACUAAACACACCUUUUUCCAGUGUUUGAAAUGUAGUUUCUGCACAGUGUUUGCUCCCUUGAGCUUUUUAAACUGCUUAUCAGAUUGUUUCGAAAAUGACAACACACCAUUCAACUCAGUCGGGCAGAAAUGUAUUCAUCUUUUUAAGCAUCUUCCUGCUUGUUUUCCAUUAAUGCUAACAUCAGGUUUUGUCGUUCCAGUCAUAGUUUUUAUGCAAAAUAAUGUCUUCCAACUCAUCCCACUGGAGCAGAUACUAUAUAUAUGUAUAUAUACAUAUAUUCAGCAAUAUAAGGCUUUUUCUUUAAACCUCGCGGAGACGUUUCGGGUAUGAUUCAUGUAUUCUGAUCGGCAGCUGUGAGUCUUGCCUUUGGCAGCAAUGUUGAUAUUGUUAAUAGAUGACCACCAGCAGCAA